AUGGCUAAUAAAUUUCAUAUUGAUCCUAAACGUGUUUAUGAAAUAUGGGAUAAUAAAGAGUGCCUCCAACAAGGAAUUAUUUUAUCUUCUUCCAAUCGGACAAAACAGACUCUUGAAGCAGUAUCAGAAGUAUCAUCUAUAUCCCUUCUGGCUACAAAGAUUCCAAAAAAGCAUGGUCGAAAAAAGAAGGUUAAAAUAGAUGAGAAACCAGUUACUGAAGCAAGCA